AUGAGUCUUUUGUCUAAUGCGGGUAACCCUAGUGGUUGUGGGAAGGUAACGGACCCGCGGGGGUCCCUCCAAAUGACGAACACCCCUCGGUACGGAGAGGUGGCCAACAGCGAUGAAGUACACGAGCAAAUCCGUGAUCUCGCAAGUCGAGCCAAGAACAUAAUACAAGAGAACUUCCAGAAGCACGCGACAUCUGAAAAGCAGGUGCUUCAGGGCAUCCAGUGCUUUGGUCCGUCCGCUCAGUCUCAGAAAAUGUUAAGGUUGGAGAACGAUGCGGCAAAGAAAGCUUUGACGACGGGAGUGUACGUGCUAUGGAGAUGUGAGAAACCCAAGCUCUCCGGUGCCAAUACUGAUUUCUGUGCUCGUAUUGGUGGUAAGCAUCGAUGUUUCUGCGGUCAUACACUAGAUGAACACGAAGAGCCACGACAGUCACGCGGUCGGCUGGUGGCCCCUAAAUGUGGUUCAUGUGUUUGCCCUCAUUAUGUUUAUAUGCCAAAUGAGCCGGAGGAGAUAGGUGAGGGGUGGCUGACGCGCAGGUCCGGCUGGAACCCAUCGCAGUGGUCUGCAAAGUGCCGAUGUGGCCACGGUCAUUUGAGGCAUGACCCUCAAAACCGGCGUUGCAAGGACUGUUAUUGCGGAAUGUUCGAAAGCCAUUUCCUGUGUGUAGUUUGCGAUUGCAAUGGUGAGGCUCACGAGACGGUGUUUGAGUUGGAGGGGGACCGCAUCAAGCGUGGACUACCGGUUCGGGAGGAGUUCUUUCCCCUCGGCAACGUUGAAUGGUCCGUGCGGGAGAUGGUGUUGAGUGGCCCCACGUGUGACAGAAAGCAAGGCCAAUGUACCCCCCGCAUCGGAUCAUCUAGAGGUGCGAUUUCGCACAAUAAUUCACCACAGCAAGGACUGCUGCCGAGCAUUCGAGCUUCGGCACCCACCCCCGUUCAGCCGCUGCCACCACACUGCGGCAGUUGCGCAGCUAUAUUUCGUUCUCCUCAAAGCAAGUUUUGUUCAAACUGUGGCAAAGCACGUGUUUGA